UUAUAGACGACGUAUUCUACUGGGAUGUAUUCAUGCGUUAAAUAAACGCGCAAAGAAAGAAAUUUAAAGCAACACUAAAAUGACGAGAAUGAGACAAGUACACUCGGGCACAUCUCAUCUGAUAGCGGUACUUCUGCUACGAAUACUGCUGCUUGUACUACUACUUGGUCUGGUUGUUAGCUGGACAGACGCCACUGGGGAAAAUGAAUGGGGUUGCGUGCCUUUUUGCAAGUGCAUCUGGUCGUCGGGCCGUCGGACCGCUGAAUGCAAAAGUCAGGACUUGCUAAAGAUCCCUGAAGGUCUGUCCAAGGACACUCAGCAUCUCGAUUUAACGAGUAAUUCCAUAACUCACCUGCCUGAUAAUACCUUUGUUAUUGUUGGCCUUGUCAACCUUCAAAAGCUCACGAUGCGUGACUGUCAAGUCAAGGUCGUCGGGCCUGCAGCGUUCAGUGGAUUGCGUAUCAUAAUCGAAAUUGAUCUCUCGCACAACAACAUACGCCAGCUGCGACGAGGUACUUUCAAUGAAACCGAGCGCCUGCGUGUUAUUCUUCUCAACCACAAUCGGCUCCAGAAGCUCGAUGAUGAGCUCUUUAGUGGACUAAUUUACCUCCAAAAGGUUGAGCUCUCAGGGAACCACCUUUUCCAGAUUGGACAACGCUCGUUUCAGAAUCUACCAGGCUUGACGACCCUUGCUCUUGACAGCAAUAACCUCACACGGCUGAAUUACCGCAGCUUUGAGGACCUCCCAAAGCUUGGCAGUCUCGAGCUGCGCAACAACUCCUGGCGCUGUGACUGCCAGAUAAAGGCCUUCCGGGACUGGGCGCUCCAACGUAACCUUUACACAAAACCAACGUCAUGUGCCGAGCCUCCAGCCCUGCGCAACAAGCACUGGGAUGAGAUUCGUGAUGAGGAAUUUGCCUGCAUGCCCCAGAUCGAGCUCGUGGGCUCGCGACAGCAUGGGGACGCUGGCACUGGAAGCGCUUUUCUCUGGUGCCGGGCGAGUGCAAGUCCACCAGCGCAGCUUGAAUGGGUUCACCGACAGCGAGUCAUCAGCAAUGCAACUAAGCGCCCUGCUAGCGAGCGGGGUUACAUUUUGAAGCAUCACAUAGACUGGGUGAACUUAACAAUUCCUGAGAUUGGGAUGCCGGACAAAGGCGAGUACGUUUGCGUGGCGCGCAACUUUGGGGGUAGCGUAGAGCGUGGAAUCGUGCUUCAAGUACUAGGAGAAGGGUCCAACAGGCAUGAUGGUUUUGUUGGCCUGCCACUCGCCGUGGGCCUAGGAAUAGUCACCUUUCUUAUUCUUGCAAUGGCGCUAUCUCUCUGUCUAUUGUGCUACUGCCGACAACAGCAUUCUAAUCGUGAUGAGAAAAUCGUCGAGCCAGCUUGUCUAGAUCACCAUGGACUUGGUGAGCAGGAAAAGUCCCUAAUAACGGCCAUAAAUCCCGUAGUAAAACCGCCAAGGCGCUAUGAGGCUCCAUCCGUCACAUCACAUGGGACCGACAUGACUGAGCUCAACAGGACACUGCUCGACAAUGACUCAGUGUUUGCUGAUGGAGUAGGCAGUGUCAUGGGCGUUCUGGCAAAUGGACUGAAUGAUGAGGAUCGACGUGGUGCUAGCCCAGAGCUUGAUUCAACCUCAGGACGGACCAACCAUUUCGCUGGACUUGAUGAAAUUGAUCCAAACGUCAGUUCCAGUAUUGCUAUGAAUAGUAUGAGCUCCGGAAUGAGGACAAAUACAAAUGUCAGUGGAAUGGUUGGGGUCGGGCAGCCAGGUCAAUCAGGACUCUCAAGUCACUACGGGGGCAGUGUUAUCAGCAGCAUCGGUACUCUACCACGCAACGCUACAUCCUAUCGUCAGUAUCCACCUGACCUGCUGGCCUUUUCGGGUGGUCGCAACUCUUCACCAACCUCGCAGGCCUCUACUGCCCCUGAUAGCUCACGGCUGCCAAGUCAACAGCAGCAGCCGACACACCAUUAUCAGCAAGAGCAGACUCCCACUCUGAUGCGACCUUUUGUCUCACCUUAUAGCUCACCCUCAUCACCACCGACCUCUUCCCUUCUUGGGUACUCGUCGACCGCAGCCUUUAAGACCCUACCUCAUCCACCACGCUCUAGUUCUGUGACACCCUACAGCUACGGUCAUCAUCCAACGCAUCAGUUGACGUACCUACCCAGCAUGUCCAGGCACGGUGGCUACGGAACCAUACCCAGGCGACCUCGAGCCCCCAGCUGGAGUAGCUGUCCACCCACCUCACCUACUGAGCGCGACUUGGCCGAACCAGUGUACGACAAUCUCGGGGAGCGGAAAACUGCCAACGGCUGCUCAGUUGCCUCGUUAAACCUACGGACGACGCCAGAGCCCAGGCUGUCGAUGCGUAACCGGCCGCUGCCUGCCACCCCGGACAGCUCGUCGUCCAGUAUCUCUUCACCAUCUGGGGCAAGAGUUAAACUUACUCUGCCCCGAGCGCCUCCAGCUUCGCAUAAGCAGCAACUGGUCAAUCUCUUGGUGCCAGAGGGCAUUCCGGAAUGGCUUCUCAAGGUAGCCGACAAAACCCCGAAGCAACAAGAACAAGCACAGGAUGAAGAAAAAGAUGUAACAGAAAAGCAGCAGACGCCCAGCCAGAGUGGUAUACUUAUGAGAAAAGUACCGCCAAGGCCACCACCGAAGCCCAAUAAAAAGAUCAAUAACAGCAACGACCCCAACGGGCCAGUUUACGAGGACGAGGGUGAAGAUGGUACCGAGGUAUGAUUGUCACGAGCCAUCGGCGCGUAGCAAUGCUAACCAACAUUUUUGCUGAAGCGACUGAUUGGCUACC